AUGUCGGAGCAGGCUCUGGGGCCGAGCCGGCCGCGCACCCCGGAGCCCGCGGCACCGGAGCGGCAAACCCUGCUGGCUGUGCGGCAGCGGCAACUGAGGCCGAACCGGUUCCCGCUCCACAGACUGCUGGUAGUUGCCCGGCUGGGUGAGGCGGUGUCGGUUGCGGCGGUGGCAGGUGGGUGGCUGGUCCGGAGAGGACAGGCCGAGCACCGCAGGUCGGGGCGUGGGCAGGAGUCGGUUUGGAGUGGGAACUGCCGCGGCCACGGGUUCCCUACGCUGGGCCACCCGGAGCCCACUUUCUGUCCGCACCUUUUGUGUUUUUCUGGCCUUGAAGAGCACAGAACAGAGCACCCAAUGCUGGCUGGCUGGCUCCAUCACAACAAACUGGUUGACAAACUGCCAGUUUUUCUUUUGAAACAAGGUUAUUACAGAGAACUGUUUGAAAACAUCUUAGAAGACCAUUCAGGAGAAGACAUCUCAGGUCUGCUGCUUCUCUAUCCCAGCUGUAUUUUUCACCUAGUAGAGUCCUGCAGCAGCACCAUCCAUCUCAUCAUCCAAGAUUUAGCCUCUCUCCAGAAUCAAGGCCACAGGAUAGAAUUCCCUCUCUUUCCACACAGUGCUUUACUCCAGGAUAUUAAAGUUCUAGUGGUGGCACACAACAUCCCCACCAGGCUGUGCCCAGACUGGUACAUGGCGACAGCGACAGCUGCUGUGACAUGGCCACAGGGCUCCCCACCAGCAGAGUCCACAGCAGAGGUGGUGGCAGAGUGCCUUGCCCUCCUACCCCAAGUGGCAGCCUGCAUUCAGAGUUUUGAGGAUGACAGUGAGGACAUGGAUGAGAGUCUGCACACUCUAGGACCUGAGCUGUUGAUCUCACCAGAGACUGUUGACUACUUGUGUCAUGCUGAAGAGUGUUCCACUCCAGAAGAUUUCCUGAGGAUUUAUUUAAGUCCUUCACAAGUUGUCUUGGACUCAGAGACUGUGUGGCCUGUUCCCUCUCAUUUGUUUGCAUGA